AUGCCUUCCACCGAGAAGACGACUCUCCAUACAGAUGCAGAGUACGACCGAGAUGCUUCCUUUGUUGACUCUGACCCAGGAAGUGAUAGCGAUGCCGGGGGCAUUCGAGCAAGUGAUGAAGAGGUCCUGAAUGAGACAGAAGAACAAGAGAGAUUGUUGCGGAAGCCUGGUCGAUUCGAUGCCGUGCGGGAUGUGUUCGAAAAGAGUGAGCGACGGGAGAAUAGGAGGAGGCGACGGUCUCGGAACAGUGGCAACCAGGUUCGAGACGAGGAUGGUCAAAUCAUGUUUGAGAUGGAGAAUGGCUUCAAGGACAACAGCUCUGUGAGCUCUUUUGAUCUAAUCGCGGACCAGGACGAAUCCAGAGGCAGUCAGCCACGACGCGGCAAAAUGUUGUUGGUACACUUGUUCAUUGUCGCGCUCUUCGUGGCUUUGGCCUAUGGCGCGUGGAAGGCAUCCAAGAGGCCGAAUGCACAGUCUCAUCUAAGGACCUACUGGAACGGCACUCACAGCUUCAAGCCUACCACAAUUCUGGUCUCCCUGGACGGCUUCCGUGCUGACUUUCUCAACCGCGGUCUCACGCCAGCACUCAGCGCCUUCAUCGCGUCCGGCGUCUCUCCUCGAUAUAUGCUGCCUUCUUUUCCAUCGGUCACGUUCCCGAACCACUUCACUUUGGUGACUGGGCUUUACCCCGAGAGCCAUGGCAUUGUUAGCAACCAAUUUUGGGAUCCGGAACUACAGGAAGAAUUCCACUACACCAACACCAAGAUCUCAAUGCAGCCCAAGUGGUGGGAUGCUGAGCCUCUGUGGGUCACCGCCGAAAAGCAAGGUGCACGUACAGCCAUUCACAUGUGGCCAGGCUCCGAAGCUCAUAUUCCUGACCGCGAACCCACUUACAUUGACAAGUACAAUGGGUCUGAGGCACUACCUCGAAAGGUCGACAGUCUUAUGCGUUGGUUGGACAUGCCUGGAGAUGACGAUGAAGGCGAAGGCGAGAAGAGACCUCAGCUUAUGCUGGCAUACGUUCCCAAUGUGGAUGCAGACGGUCACAGAUACGGCCCCAACAGCACCGAGAUUCGAGCGACUAUUGCCGAUGUUGACAGUAUGUUGACCAUGGUUGUCGAGGGCUUGGUGCAGCGCAACCUAACCGAGAUUGUGAAUUUGGUGGUUGUGUCAGAUCACGGCAUGGCGACGACUUCGGUGAAUCGCGUUAUCCAACUCGACGAUCUCAUCGACAUGUCUCUUGUCGACCAUAUGGAUGGAUGGCCUUUGCGUGGAUUGCGACUUAAGAAUCCCGAGCGAGAUGUUCCGAUCUUAUAUGAGCAGCUCCUUGUUGCUUCGAAGAAGACGGAUUCAUUUGAGGUGUACACGUUGGAUACGAUGCCAGAACGGUAUCAUUUCUCGAAGAACGAUCGGAUCGCACCAUUGUGGAUUGUGCCGAAGACGGGAUGGGCGGUACUCGAAAGGGACGAUUUCGACGUGGCCAAAGCUAUCGCGGCAGGUGAAACCUACAACCCAAAGGGUCUCCAUGGCUAUGACCAUGAACAUCCGUUGAUGCGAGCAAUCUUCGUUGCAAGAGGACCGGCUUUCCCACACCCGGCUAACAGCAGAGUUGCAACGUUCCAGAAUACCGAAGUCUACAACAUUAUUUGCGAGAGCAUUGGCGUGAAGCCGGUAUCUAACAAUGGCACGCUACACCUACCAUUGAAGACUGAAGGUCUACACAGCGAUACCGGUGCACCGCAGCUCGAGACACCCCAAGAUGAAGAGGAAGCCGAUGAGAAUGCGAACACCAUAGAGCCUCCCGGAACCGAAACGGCGGCAGAUGCCGGAAGUGGCAUUCCUGAAGAUGCUGCCGAUCAAGCCUCGAGUGAGAAAUCAGGGAAGAAAUCUUGGUGGAGCUUCCUCCAUGAUGGGCUUGAGAAGGCUAGAGAAUGGGCGAAGCAGUUCGCUGAAGCCAUCAAGGCAAAUCAUCCGAACGAGAAGAUGGAUGACAUGGCAGACGCCGACAGUGGCAAGAAUGGCUGA